AUGAUGCAGAGCACCUUUUUCUUCUUCUUCUUUUUUCUACUAUGGUCUCUUACAACAUCUGCACAAUUCAACAAUCCUCCCGGCGUAGACAUCUGGUGCGGCAAAGCGUAUCGCGUCGGAAAUUCUUCCUUUAACCCAGGAGGACAAUUCCUCGAACCCGAAAUCUCAGAAACUCCGCUUUUGAAUCUGAAAAUUGCUCCGCGAUAUAGCAUUUAUCUGGAAGAUGAACGGAGUGGAGGAGUGAUUAUUAACGCUUCGAUUUCGUAUCUUGUUGGAGUGGCUUUUGUUCCUGAUGGCGAUUUCAUCACAUUGGGAAAACCUGCAGAAUUCGACUUGGAUUUAUCUGGAAUUCCCGCACAAUUGCAACCUUACAAUCUCACCAUUGUCGCAACCCAUCAUUUGCAUCCAGAACAAUCCUACACCGCUUCGACCGAAUUCUUCAAACUCCCUACGCCCAGUGGAGAAGGUUCUGCUGCACGCAUCGAUAAUCUCCUCGGAGGCCUUUCGGCUCGUCGAGCACAUUCUACGGAUUGGAUUCCGAUUUUUCCGUAUACUUAUUACGUGCAAUGGACGCUCUACUGGCAUUCGAAUCUCUCGACACUUGAAGAAUUCAGUCAAAUGGGAUAUAAUCUCAUCCACAUUGUCCCGACGGGAGAUUUAGGCAACGAGACUUUUCCCUGGGACCUUUUUCAACCCUAUCUCGACAAAGCCGCGGAAUUGGGACUUUGGUUGCAAUACGAUGUUCUUUUCCAACCCGACAAUUUCACCAAUAUGCUCGAACAGAUUUCAAGAUUGAAAUCUCAUCCGUCCAUUCUCACGUGGUACAUCGCCGAUGAACCCGACGGAAAAUCCAACCCAUUAAAUGCGACACGAAUGGGCUAUGAGCAAAUUCGCAGUUUGGAUAAAUAUCAUCCGAUUUCUGAGGCGUUGAAUUGUAAAGAAUUUUAUUAUGAAUUUUAUGCCGAUGGCGCGGAUAUUAUCAUGUCGGAUGUCUAUCCUGUUAGCACGAAUACAUCGUUUUCGACGGUGUAUUUUACCGAGUGUAAUCAGACGUAUGGUUGUUGUGGAUGUGAUGAUUGUGAGGGUUCGUUAAGAGAUGUUUCGGAGAGGUUGGAUUGGUUUAAGCAUAUGGAUGAUAUUGUGGGGUGGGAGAAGACGCAUUGGGGGGUUCCUCAGGCCUUCGGCAACGAAACCUUCUGGACCCGCUACCCCACGCCCGCCGAAGAAGUCGUCAUGACAAUGCUCAGCAUCAACCACGGCGCCCACGGCAUCGUCAUGUGGGAUUUCCCGACCACGCCCGAAAUUCUGCAAAUCACAACCCGUCUCGCUCCCAUUCUCACCAAUUCCACAAUCUCCAAUUUCUUCCUCACGAAACCCCGCAUCGCCCUCUCCUCCCCAUCAUCAUCAUCAUCUUCUUCUUCUUCACAAGCACAAAAAACCGAUAUCGACGCAACUAUAUGGAUCGAUGAUGAGAUUAUUUUGGUCUCGAUAGUGAAUCUGGGCUUGCAGAAUUUGGGAGGCGAGAUUUUGAUUGAUUUGCCUGAUGGGAUUAAAGUGGAUGAGAAGACUAGGAGUGAUUAUCGAAACGAGAAGUAA